AUGUUCCCUCCCUCCUUGACCCAGUGUGUUGGGCUAUGGUCGGUCGAUGAUGUACAGACUUGGUUGGAGUUCAUCAACCUCAAAAGGGAAUACGGGGAAGCGUUGAAGGUGGCAAAGGUUGACGGAGCGAAGCUCAUCCGAUUGACAGCGGAUGUUGAUGGUAACGUGUUUGGGUCGUCGGUAAGCUCGGGAGUUCGUAACCUCUUGGAAGAAGCUCUGAAGCCUCUGCUGGAGGAUUGGCUAGGGUAUCUUGGGUUGAAGGAGAAGUACGGAUCACAAUUGAGAGCAGCUAAGGUUGGUGUGAUGGGAUGA